AUGUCGACGCCGGCCUCCCCGAUAGCACUUAGUUCUCCUCCUAAAUCCUCCUACACAUCUCUCUACUCCCCUUUCUCCUCCACUACAUCAUACCAGCCCCCUUCCAAAAAACAACGGAAGAUGAGCCUGACACAAACUUACUACCUCGCCCAUGCCGCUAGAGCAAAGCUCUCCCGGGAAGCAUCGCGUCCAGACCACGACCUACGAAUCCUGGUGGGCCAUGCCAACAUGCUGGAUUCCCUUAUGCUUGACCUCGCAAAUGCUGAACGGGAACAGGAGAGAUGGUUUCAUCAGUCCGUUCGAGGUGCCAAUGGCGGUAGCAGAGCGUCAAAAGGAAGCAGGCGCAUUCAGUGGGCUGAAGCUGUCGUGGAAGAGCCGGAAGAGGAUUGGGAAGUUGAGGAUGGGUUGUCUCAUUCAGAUGAAGAGCCAGAGGAUAGCGAUGUGAACGAUGAAGAUGACGAUGAUUCGGACGAUUAUGAUGAUGAGGUUACUUUCACGCACGUCCUUUCUCUCUCAAAAUCUUCAAAGCAGCAGCAGCAACAACAAGAGGCAUUCCUACCCAAGAUCACGACGAGAGAAAUAAUCCACUACGCAGACGAUGAAGAAGCCAUAGAAAGUGACGACGAUGCAGACGACGGUGAACUGGCUCUUACAAGGACGACGUCGCGCUCUCAACGGCAGCACCAGCAACAGCAGCAACCACCCGAUCUCCUCGAAGACUCAGAAAAUGACUCCUCGGAAGACGAGUUGUUCCCACUUUCGCCUCCCCAACCCACUAUUGAUACCUUCCCAACGUCACAGAUAAGAAGACACAGUGAAGGAGCAUUAUCCGUGCCCGUAUCUGUUUCCGUUUCAGUCCCAGCUUCGGGCAGUCUCUAUUCGAAACGCAGCUCGGAGCAGUCGUUACUAUUAGAGGAGGGGGGUUUUUUCCUUCAACGCGAGAGGGGGGCGAUGAUUGAGGCUUUCUAA